AAGCGAUUUACCCAACUUAAAAUACCCCUGCCUUCAAUUGUGAUCUCCCCCGAGCUGAAAAUACCAUGUCCCAGUUUCGAAAUCCUCUACAUGUAGAUCUCAUACUCUUACCUCUGUUUAUUCUUCAGUUUUCUCUUCCUUUAUCAGCUAUCAGGAAGGAUGUGAGCCUUCAACAGAGGCAUUACUGUAGAACCACUGUUCAAGGAAGAUUCUUUCUCACUGAUGAUAACGGUCAUGUUUGUGAUGCAUUCUCAGUAGACCCGCUGUCUCGUUGUUGCCCUGGAGAAGGAGAUCAAUUCUCUUGUCAAGGAUGCAAUCUUGUUUCUCAGUGUUGCAGCUCAUACGAGUUUUGUGUUUCAUGCUGCUUGAAUCCAGCUAUGACUCCUAAAGAACUAGCACUAAAGGUCAAAAUAGCAAAGCCUGUCACUGCUGGAAAAUAUGGAAGUGUUUUUGAUUUUUGUGCUGGGAGGUGUCGCCACAGUUCUGAGAGUGUGGUUCAUGAAAAUGCAUAUCUAAGUGAAUUUCAUCAUUGUUUUUCCAUACCGUCUAAUUCUUCAGGUUGCCAGGAACUAAAAUGCUUAAGAGCAUAUUCAAUGACAGGGCCUUCUAGUACACAACUAGAAGCAAGACUGGCUGGCAUCAAUAUCAUUAUCGGACGACAAGGAGAAUCAUGUGACUCAGCAUGCAAGUCUAGUGGACAAUCUUGUGUGCCCAACAAACUUGCAUUACUUAAUCAGUGUGAAGUCAUCCAAAAAUAUAUGAGCUGCAAAGGUGCCUGUUUGUCAAGCAUUGGAGCUGACCAACCAGCUGAAGUUGUUGAGGAUGCUCCAAGAAAUCUGAAUCCCGGUGCUUGCUUGUACACAAGAUCACAAUCUUCACUUUCUUGCGAUGGCUCACACAGGCAUACCAGGAGGCUUUGUCCAUGUGCAUAAAAGUUAACGGCGUUUCAAUCAGAAGGGCACGCCAAUUUAACCAUUGAAAGUCUAAUGACUUUGCUAAAUGGUUGAAUAUAUUUCUGGUUUUGUGAGUUUCUAUCAGGAAGAAAGCUUCAGUACCUAGGCUAUUGCAACUAAUUUUUUGCUGCAAACUCAAUGUCAAUGUACUUGACUAUCCUUAUGGAAAAAGGUAGUUAUGAUUAGUUUUUUGCUGAACUAAUCCUAUUCAGGGCAAUUCUUUAUGUUUGAUCUACAUCGAAUUAUGAAGCAUUACGAUAUUUCUCUUGCAA